AUGGCGAUGUUGAAUGAGAUGCUUCAGCUUCAAGAAAGGAUGUUUAAAACCCUUGUAGAUUCGCUCGUGAGCAAUUUCAAUUCUCGACUGGAUACAGUGGUUGGAACUGUGGCUGAACUUAAGACUCGCCUAAACAUAUGCCAGAAGGACACAAAAGGAUUCAAACAAAGUCUUGAAUUCUCUCAGAAAGAUAUCGACGAGCUAAAGCCGUGUAAAACCAAACUUGCUGAGAUAGAGGAUGACAUCGAGGACAUCUACGACUCUAUCGACUACCAUAUGGACAAAUUAGAAUAUUUGGAGAAUCAGAGUAGAAGAAACAACAUCAGAAUUGAUGGGAUCUUAGAAGAAGAAAACGAAUUGUGGGACACUACAGAGGAAAAAGUCAAACAAGUUCUAGCGGAGAAGCUCAACCUUGAAGAAGCGCUCCACAGCGAACGUGCUCAUCGUGUUGGUAGGGUUGCUUCUGGCCCUAGAAGACGCCCUCGCACAAUUGUGUGCAAACUUCGAGACUUUAAGCAAAAGGAGCAAAUAUUGAAGGCGACAAGAAGAAUUAAACCUGUCGGUUUAUACGUAAAUGAAGAUCUUGCUAAGGAGACCCUUGAUAAGCGUGAAGAGCAGAGACCCAAGCUGGAGGAAGCAAAGCGGAAUGGAAAAAUAGCGUACUUUGUGUUGGACAAAUUGAUUGUAAAGGACAGACGUGGUUAA